UGGUUUUUACGCUAAUAAAUUAUUGACUAAAUCAGAGAUGGAAAAAAGCGACUAUGUGGUGAUAUUAGCAAGUAUCAAGACUUGUCACUUCCUCUCUCGGUACAGUAUAAGUGUGGAUGUACUCCUCUCUGACCUAUUUGUCGAUCGCUGCACCAUGCUCCUAGUGCGGGCCAUAUGUUUUGCGUGCUUAGUCUAUUUCUCCCAGGAGCUGCGUCUGUCUAAAAGGGCAAUAGAAGAUGGUCUUUCCAGUCCUCAUAAGAUCGAUGAACUCGAACCUAAAAAGGCUGCUGAGUCCACUUCAGUUCCAUUAAAAAAAGAAGACCACGUUCAUUCUGAAUCUAAAAAUGAGCACGAUCCUUCCAAGGACGAUGUUCAUUCUGAUGUCCACGCUGAAUUUAAAAAUGGUGAACAAAAUCCUUCAACAUCCAAAAACGUGGCUGAACAUGCUGUAUCUGAAAACCCUAAUGAGCAUGCUACUCAUAAAUCGAAAAGAGAUCAAAUGCAUACUGCUGAGCCUGAUGCUCAAUCAGUUAAAUCUUCUGAAGAACCACCUCAUAAGUCCAAAGUAGAUGAAAAAAAUGCCCAAUCUGAAAUAACUUCUAAAAAUGAUGCUACAUCCGAAAAUCCCUCUGAACGUCUUGAUAUACCCAACAGUGAAGCAGAUCAUGUUGUGUCUGAAAACACUGAGCAUAUUGCAAAUAAAUCUAAAAGAGAGCCCGAAGAACCUAAACCUUUGGACUCGCCAGUGAAUGGUAGAAGAAGCAACCGGCUAAGCAAGUGGUGCCAGAAUUUGCAGAAUUGCCAGCCAAACAGAAUUGAAAUCUGCGGCUACGAUGAUAAAGCUGGCUUUGCCAAAUUCACAGAUUUCUGCCAUAUGAUGGAAGUCAAUUGUUACUGGGGUCAUGAUUUCACCCUCCACACAUGCCAAGCUAUGCAGAUAAAGCAAAUGGGAAGACCUCGUAACGUACUCUAAAUAAACAAAUAUUUUUCAUAAA